AUGCCCAGUGCCACGGCCUCGGGCGCCGACGCCGGCGGCAACAAUGCGCGCCAUCGGGAGCACAACCAGGGGAACCAGGAGCGCAAGUGCACCCCGGAGCAGAAGGCCGCCGUGCUGCGCAUCCGCCGCUGCGCCGCCACCGCCUUCUACGAGAUCCUCGAGGUGCAGAAGACGUGCUCCGACACCGAGGUUAAGAAGGCCUACCGCAAGCAGUCGCUGCUGACCCACCCGGACAAGAACGGCCACGAGCACGCCGACGAGGCCUUCAAGAUGGUCAGCCGUGCCUUUGGCGUCCUCGGCGACAAGGAGAAGCGUGAGAAGUUCGACCGCUUCGGCACCGACCCCGACAGCCGCUUCGAGAGCGCCCGUGCCCAGAACCCCUUCAGCGGCGGCUUCCCCGGCCGCGCCGCGAGCGGAGGCGGGCCCGGCGCUGGAUUUGGUGGCGGCGGCAUGUGGGAGGAGGAGAUCAGCCCGGAGGAAAUGUUCCAGAGGUUCUUUAGCGGCGGGUUUGGCGGUGGUCCGUUCGGCGGCGGUGGUUUCGGUGGUCCUCAGUUUGUGUUUAAUCUUGGCGGCAAUAGGGGGUUCCAGGUGCAUCAGAUGGGCGGCGGCAUGCCACGCCGGAGGCCACGCGCCCAGGCCAACGGGCAACCGCAACAAGAAACCGGCGGGUGGGACACACUCGUGUCGCUGCUCCCCAUACUAUUCCUCUUCCUCUUCCCUCUCCUGAGCUCGCUGUUCUCCGGUGGCGACAGCCAGCCCGCCGUACCCAGCAUGGUCUUCGACAAGUCGGCGCCGCCCAUGACGCUGCACCGGCAGACCCAGCGGUUCGGCGUCAACUACUAUCUCGACCCCAAGGAGGUGGCCGGGUGGACGGACGGCAAGCUCAAGCAGCUCGACAAGCAGGCCGACGCGACCUUCCUCCGGACGGUCCGGACCAGGUGCGAGAUCGAGGUGCGCACCAAGCAGAACCUGCACGCCGACGCCCAGGGUUUCUUCUUCCAGAACGCCGAGAAGAUGAAGAUCGCAAGGGACUACGAGACGCCGAGCUGCGACCGCCUGGCGAGCAUGGGAAUUUCGAGGUGA